CCGCGUUGUGCACCGCGACGUCCGCGACCCGUUCUGCGAGGUACGCGUCGACGAGAUCGCGCACCGGCGCUCCCACCGACUUGGGCGCAAGGCGUUAUCCAGGCCACACUGGGCAUCAGAGAAGACGUCUUCAAAGCAACGGAAAGUAGGCAGUGCAGUGUAACAAGAACAAAGAGCAAACUGUGUCCAACGAUCUGAGUGCACCUCUUCACACUCGGAGAUGGAGCCCACCAUAACCGCCUACGCCGAGGACACCCCUAAAUCAGGCAUAAAGUGCGAGUUACUCCCCGUCUACAAAGUAGAGGAGCUGUUUGAGUGCGUAGAGUGCCACGCAGAGUUCUCCGAGUCUGAGGACUUGGAGAAGCACCUUCGGACCCACGCGGAACAGCAAACAAUUGCGGGCGUCGAGUCUGACGACCAGAAGCCAGAUUGCUUUUCAAACCGUGACGAGGAGAAGCUUCUGGAUGGCAUAAAGUGCCGUGACAAGUUCUCUCUGGAAAAACAUGUCACUCAUGCAGACCAUCCGACAACAACACGUAGCGAAGUUUCAGAAAUAUUAUCCAGAGAAAGUGAAAAGAAGCCACAUUUGCGAGCCGGCGCAGGAGUGGGGCCCUUCGAGUGUACCGUGUGUUGCAAGAAAUUUUCCCGUCAAUUUGACCUAAGGACACAUUUUCGAACCCACACAGGAGAGAAGCCCUUCGAAUGCACCGUGUGUGGCAAGAAGUUUGCUGAAUCAGGUUCCCUCAAGAGUCAUUUUCGAACCCACACAGGAGAAAAGCCUUUCGAAUGCACUUUGUGUGGCAGGAAGUUUGCUUUCUCAGGUCCUUUAAGGUCACAUUUACGAACCCACACAGGAGAGAAGCCCUUCGAGUGUAAGGUGUGUCGCAAGAAGUUUAGUCAAUCAUGUACCCUCAAGAGGCAUUUUCUAACUCACACUGGCGAAAAGCCCUUCGAUUGCACCUUAUGUCCCAAGAAAUUUUCUAUGGCAUGUCAACUAAGGAUACAUUUACAAACACACACAGGAGAGAAGCCCUUCGAGUGUACAGUGUGCUGCAAGAAAUUUGCUACAUCAGCUCAUUUAAGGGCACAUUUACAUACACACACAGGAGAGAAGCGCACAGGAGAAAAGCCCUUCGAGUGUACCGUGUGCUUCAAGAAAUUUUCCGGGACAUCUAGUCUAAAGACACAUUUACGAACCCACACAGGAGAGAAGCCCUUCGAGUGUACCGUGUGUAGCAAGAAGUUUGCUGGAUCGGGUACCCUCAAGAGACAUUUUCAAAUACACACAGGAGAAAAGCCUUUCGAAUGCAGUGUGUGCCGCAAGCAAUUUUCCUUACCAAGUCAGUUAAGGGCACAUUUACAAUCACACACGGGAGGGACGUCCGAGAAGCCCUUCGAGUGUACCGUGUGUUGCAAGAAAUUUUCCUCGAAAUCUCACCUAAAGUCACACUUACGAACCCACACAGGAGAGAAGUCUUUCGGGUGUACCGUGUGCCGCAAGAAUUUUGCUACAUCAACUCAUUUAAGAGUACAUUUAAAAACACACACAGGAGAAAAGCCUUUCGAAUGCACUUUGUGCCGCAGGAAAUUUGCUUUACCAAGUCCUUUUAGGGCACAUUUACGAACCCACACAGGAGAGAAGCCCUUCGAGUGUAAGGUGUGUCGCAAGAAGUUUAGUCAAUCAGGUACCCUCCAGAGGCAUUUUCUAACUCACACUGGCGAAAAGCCCUUCGAAUGCACAUUAUGUCCCAUGAAAUUUACUACAUCAGGUAAUUUAAGGUCACAUUUAAGAACACACACAGGAGAGAAGCCCUUCGAGUGUACAGUGUGCUGCAAGAAAUUUGCUACAUCAACUCAUUUAAAAGCACAUUUACAUACACACACAGGAGAGAAGCCCUUCGAGUGUAAGGUGUGUCGCAAGAAGUUUGCUGAAUCAUGCACCCUCAAGAGGCAUUUUCUUACUCACACUGGCGAAAAGCCCUUCGCUUGAACAUUGUGCCCCAAGAAAUUUCCCCAGCAAGUAAACUUGAAGACACAUUUACGAACCCACACAGGAGAGAAGCCCUUCGGGUGCACAUGCACCGUGUGUCGCGAGAAGUUUGCUGAUACAGAUACCCUAAAGAGGCAUUUUGCAACUCACACUGUCGAAAAGCCCUUCGAGUGCACUUUUCGUCACAAGAAGUUUGCUCGGUCAGGUCACCUAAAGAGACAUUCACAAACCCACACAGGAGAGAAGCCCUCCGAGUGCCCCGUGUGCCACUUUCCCUUGACUUGACUUGACGACCCGUCGCAAGGCCACUUUUGGGGACCUCCUCAAUUUUUUUUUAAAGUCAGUAUUUGCAUAAGAUGCCGCUGAAAUUUUUACAGUAGUUUUAUAGCAGUGUAUUGUAGGAUAGCUUUAGAUAGAAUGAGAGAGAGAGAGGGGGGGGGGAAUGAAAAAUUACAGCUGUAAAUAAUUGUGUAUUCUUGUUGAAAGUAUUGUGUGUGUGUGUGUGCGUGUGCGUGUGCGUGUGUGUGUGUGUGUGUGCGUGUGUGUUCCGCAUCCGGAGCGCCCUCACCAAAGCACGCGGAGGGGCGCGUCAAGGAGGACGCCAGCUGCCCUCGCUCACGGCGGGCCGCCGGCUGCACAGCGCUGCUCGGCGGGGCGGCCUACCCUCCCAGCAGCAGGCGGCGUCUGCCAGGGGCGGACUCCAGCACCAGCGACCAGAGAUAACAAAGCGACUUAGGCGAGGCGUGCCAGCGUCCAUAGGGCCUCGACGUCUUCAAACCCACGCCGAGGGAAGUGACGUUCAACAAGGAGGUGCAGUGCAGAAGUACAAACUGUGAGUGCACUGCGG